GCAUUGUUUGCUUUCUCCUUCUAAAACCUCCUUUCUUUCGAUUUAAUUAAGAAGAACAACGUAACAUUCUUGUUGAUAACAACAUGAUGGCAACAUUUAUGUUGGCUUUGCUAGCAUGUCUAGCAGUAUUGUGCACCACUGUUCUCGGCGCCAGAAUUGUCAAUAUCACAAUACUAGAAAGCGCAACUGACCAAGGCGCAGUGUGCCUCGAUGGGAGCCCGCCCGCUUAUUAUCUUGACAGGGGAUUUGAUACCGGAAUUUCCAACUGGAUUAUCUUCCUUCAAGGCGGUGGGUGGUGUGACAGUAUCCCUGAUUGCCAAGGACGUGCAACUAUGGACAUAGGUUCUUCCAAGCAUAUGACGAAACAAACUCAUUUUGCCGGGAUACUUCAUAACACUCCCCAAGAAAAUCCAGAUUUUUACAACUGGAACAGGGUGAGGGUGAAUUAUUGUGAUGGAUCAUCUUUUACUGGCGAUAUCGAACAAGUUGAUCCAGACAACAACCUUUUCUUCAGAGGAGCAAGAAUAUUUAAAGCUGUUCUGGAAGAUUUACGGAGCAAAGGAAUGCAAUAUGCUAAAAAUGCAAUCUUGAGUGGAACUUCCGCCGGAGGAUUGGCUACAAUUUUGAACUGCGACAAGUUCAAAUCCCUCCUUCCAAAUGAUGCCAUAGUAAAGUGCGUUGCAAACGCAGGCUUCUUCAUCAACGUCAAGACAAUCUCUGGUACUUCUAAUAUUCAAACGACGUAUCAUAGAGUCGUUACUUUACAUGGAUCGGCUAAGAAUUUGCCUUCAUCUUGCACGUCUACAAUGGAACCAAGUCUGUGCUUUUUCCCUCAACAUGUUGUUCCAUAUGUUGAGACUCCACUUUUUAUAAUCAAUUCCGCAUAUGACGCUUGGCAGAUUAACAACACUUUGGUUCCUACAAACCUCGAUCCUCGACAUGUUUGGGAACAUUGCAAGGCUCAAAUAAGUAGCUGCACGUUUAGUCAACGUAUAGUUAUUCAAGUUUUCGGAGUGGAGUUCUUGAGGGCAUUCGAGGGACUCAACCCUUGUUAUACGAGGGGUUAUUUCAUCACUUCUUGUCACACUCAUGGGCAAAUCAUAUCGACGAAUUAUUGGUUCAGUGCUACCUCUCCAAGCAUACUUAAUAAGGCAAUUGCGGAAGCUGUUGGUGAUUGGUAUUUUGAUAGGGUAGGAUUUCAUCAACAUAUAGACCCAUAUCCUUCUGCUAGAGAUUGCUAACAUCAUGAAAUUUCAUGUUCAGUUGAGCUAUGUACAACUGAUACAAUAUUCAGUGAAUGAAAAAAAAGAACUCAUGUUUAGAUUCCAAAUAUUGUUGACAAUGAGGUGUUUGCCAUAU